AUGCAGACUUUAAGAUCAUCAAAGCUGUGGGCGAGCAAAUGCCGGCCGUCGUCCGGGGGUGACAAGACGAUCCUCGAGGUCAUGAUGGAGGACAACAUGCUGCCCAACCUUUACUCGCACGGCCUCGGCGGCGAGGCUGCGAACUCGGCCGUGGCCAUGAUGUGGCAGCAGAUCAAAACGAUGCCGCUGGGUCUCAUCAGGGAAGGGCUUCCGGGCUGGUGA